UCACCAUCACCGCUCGACAUGAACCAUGAGCUCUGACAAACCGUCUCCCUUUAAAGGGCUUGGUAUGAAGCGGGCCACCAUGUUGCACCCUUUCGCCAUCCUCUCCUUCCUUUCGGUCUCCUACUAUCUCUGGACCAGUUUGCCCGCGGAAACCCCGUCCGAGAACAUUCCCCCCCUCCCGGUGGCAGCUUCGGUCUGCGAAACGCCUGAAUGCGUGCACGCCGCCUCUGAGAUCCUCUACAAUCUGGACCCCAACUACGCGGAAAUCGACCCCUGCACAAACUUUGAUCAAUAUGUCUGUGGGGGCUGGCGCGAACGGCAUGACAUGCGUCCGGACCAAGGGGCCAUCUUCGCUGGGACAUAUAUGAGCGAAGAGGCCCAGUCGAAGCUGCGUCAUAUCCUCGAGUCCCCUAAAGCAUCGGACCCCGCCGAUUCUAAGAACUUCGACAAAUUGAAGGCGGCCUAUGCGGCAUGCACGGAUGAGACGACCGUCAACAAACGUGGCACCAAACCCCUGCAGGACCUGUUAUCAGGAUUGGACAACGUCUAUUCCCUGGCGUCAACUUCCAAAGGCUCUGAUGUAAACAUAACAGAUGCGUUCCUGUAUCUCAUCGGAUCUGGUGUGGAAGCUUUGGUGUCACCGCUUGUUAUGCCCGACGACCGUGAUCCGGACUCGAUCGCUAUAUUUGUCCACCCGCUUCUCGAGAUCGGACUUCCUGCCAGAGAGUACUAUAACAACACCAAGCUUGUGGCCGAGUACACUGAAGUGGUAGAGAAGGUCCUGCCUGAUUUUGUGAGCGACGAGUUGGCCAAUGGUCUGAGUGAUGUCGUGGCGUUCGAGAAAAAGUUGGCCGACGCUACACCGGACACGGCAUCUCAGGAGGAUGUGACGAAAUACUACAACCCAUUAAGCAUCAAGGACACCCAGUCUCUUCUGCCGCAGAUCUCCUUCUCGGAUAUCAUCUCAGCCCUGGCACCUCCAGACUUCAAGACUGACCGUUUGAUCGUGGGAUCUCCCCCCUACAUGAAGUCGUUGUCGAAGACCCUAAGCGAUACGCCUCGGGAGACGGUUCAGCUUUUCUUCAGAUGGAAGAUUAUUCAGGCAUAUGCAGACGACAUUGAAGACCCAAAGAUCAAGCCUCUGCGAGAGCUAAAUAACAAGCUUGCUGGCAGGAACCCCCAGGCCACCCGUGAUCGAUGGCGCAAGUGCAUUGAGGUUUUGGAUGAAGACCUGGGUUGGAUACUGAGCCGAUUUUACGUCCUCAACGCCUUCUCGGAGGAGUCGAAGAAACUCGGAGAUCAGAUUGUGUCCGACAUCAAAGAGCGUUUCACUUUCACGCUGCACCAGACACAGUGGAUGUCUCCCGAGGUGAGAAAAUUGGGCAUUCAGAAAGUGGGCAACAUUGUCCAGAAGAUUGGCUAUCCGACCAAAAGCCCCAAUGUCAUGGACCCGGCGGAUGUGGAGAAGUUUUAUGCGGACCUCAAGAUCUCCAACGAAACUCUGUUCGAAAACUCUUUGGCCGUGGCGAAGUUUGAUCUUCACCAGCAAUGGUCCAAACUGGGAAAGCCGACGGAUCGCAAUGAAUGGGGCAUGACAGCACCGACAGUCAAUGCGUACUACAACCCCCCUGGAAAUGAAAUUGUUUUCCCGGCCGGAAUCAUGCAGCCACCGGCCUUCUAUGGCCCCGCAGCUCCUCUAUACCUGGCAUAUGGAGCGUUCGGGGCGGUCAGUGGGCAUGAACUCUCUCAUGCGUUUGACUCGGGUGGCCGACACUACGACGAGAAUGGCAACUAUACGGACUGGUGGGAUGAUAAGACGGUGGAAGGGUUUGAGAAACGGGCUCAAUGCUUUGUCGACCAAUAUGCCAACUUUACCGUUCCCGGGGAGAAUUCGGAACCUCUCCAUGUCAACGGACGCCUGACCCUUGGGGAGAACAUUGCCGACGCCGGGGGUCUCUCCGCAUCCUUCCACUCGUGGAAGAAGCGAGACGAGAAAUCCCCCGAUCCUAACCUGCCCGGGCUGUCCAAGUUCAGUAAGGAGCAAUUGUUUUUCAUCUCCUAUGCCAACUGGUGGUGUAGCAAGACUACAUUGGAGGCUGCGCGGGAAGCCAUCUACAACGAUCCGCAUGCCCCCAAACCAGCACGCAUUAUUGGGACGAUGGCCAACUCUCUAGAGUUUAAGGAAGCGUUCAAGUGCAAAGAUAAGGAGCCUGUGUGCAAGCUCUGGUAGCGGGCCACGAGGCAGCCGACUAAUUUCUACGACUACCAUAAUUUCACGGCGUUGACAUGCUGGAGGAGCAUUGCGUUUUCACGAUUGUUAAUGUACCUCUAUGAGGAGUUAACUGGGGCUCUGUUUCCACUUGAGACCAUUUAAACCAAUGGAUACUCUAGAUUUCCUUCCUUGCCUAUCUGAGGUGUAGAUAUUGUAUUGAAGGGGCAUCGAUUUUUGGGUAGGAUGGGUAGUACGGA